GACAACAGCAUUCGAAAGCGACGCGCGUACAACUGCAGAGCAACGAUAUAGAAUUUUUACAAAAAACAAAACAAAAAAACUAAGUGAAAAAGGCAUUAUAAAUAAUAAGCAUUUGCGACAUGAGAAAACAAAAGAGGUGAGAUUAAGACAAAAAAGUGAUAGGAAAGAUAGAUGAGUGUGAAGACGAGUAGAAGUGAAGGGAAGCCGAGACUAUUAAGUUUCUGCUGUCAAGCAAGAAGAAAAUAGUUUACGCGUGUGUUUUCUCGGAAACUAAAAAAUCACUACAUAUGUACACACACACAUACAUACGUAUAUAUAAACAAGAAUAAGUGUCUUAAGCUGACAGUGUAGUUGUAAGUAAGGUUUGUUCAGCUAAAAACGCAGAUUAAAUUAGCUAAUUUCGUGUAAAUUGCUUUGAAAUAAAAGCUUGCAAAGAAAAGCUGAGCGCUGUGGAGCUACUUGAGCAAGAUUUCGAGCAGCCAGAAGGUUGGCGUGCAGUCAAAAUUUACUAUCGACAAACAGCUCGGCGCGGCUGCGACAGGCGACCAAAUGUCGACAUGACGAAAUAAAGCAAGACGAAUAAAAAUAAAAGGGAUGCGUGUAGGCGGAAAGAAGUCAACAACAAAAAAAUUAAUUGAUAAAUACUGCACAGCAUAUGUAACAACGUGCAUAAAUAACGGUACACACGAGCCAACGCACGUACAUACAGAAGAGAAAAACGUUUAACCCACCAACGCUGAAAGAAGAAAAAAUUAAAAAAAAAAUUCCAAUUCAAAGGCAAACUAGUAAAAACAACAACAAAAGGAAAAAACAAAAAACUCAGCGACAGUUCAUAUUGAUCGACUGAGCGUAGCUUUAACGUGCGGAGCAGAACAUGACAAUAUAAAACCGACACAGCAACGGAAGCGGAUGUCAGCGGCGUAGAAACAGAGACAGCAAAGUGACGGCAGUGGAACAACCGCCACGCACCGCCAGCCCGGUCUACCUCACCACCACAGUGCGCACCGUAAAUAUGCCAUACGCACCGAACGCCACGACGGCCGCCUCAGCAUACGCCAUCAGCGACAGCUCAAGCGCGAGCCAUGAAUUAUUGAGCAACAACAUCGAGCACGCUAUCAACAACAACCACCACCACCAACAAAAUAGUCAGCUCGACGAUAACAUUGUAAACAUAUCGCACAACCUGACCGCCACCAUCACAUCGAUACGCUCGAAUGUGACGCGCGUCUUAUAUAUGUACUUUCAGAAUGUGACCGACGAGCAUGGCUAUGGCGCAGCCACAACUCCACCACCUCACACGACGACGACGUUGACGACAGCUGCGCCACCAACGGCUAAUGGCUCACACAUCGACAUCGUCAGCACAACACAGAGGCUACACAGUCUUGCCGGCGCCGCCGCCGCUGCAGCUGCCAGCGAUAGUGGCUCGGCAGCGUAUACAGCGAACACUGAUUUGACUGCGGCGACGAGUCAGAGUCUGGGCACUACACUCCUCAGUACCGCUAAAACUCUACUACAAGCGCCGGUCAAUGCAACAACCAGCACAACGGCCAGCCUACUAACGUCCGUCUCCACGAAUGCCACACGCGCCGCUUCCGCGUUGGCUAAUGCCACCGCGUCUAUUUCGUCCUCCGCUGCUGCAUACGCCACCGAACUGCACACGAGCACACUGACCGCCGCCACGACACUGGCGAGCGGUGGUGCUAACGCGCACGCGGCAAUGGGCAACGGCGGCAGCAGUAGCAACAGUAACGUGUUGACCACCGCGCCGAGCAUCAUUUACCCGCCCUAUCAGGUCGCGAUACGCAGUUUUGAGAAUUGCUCGGCGCUCUUCGCCAAUUACACGCGACCGCAAAAUGGCGUUUUCUGCAAUUGGACAUGGGAUCUGUUCCUCUGCUGGCCCCCAACACCGGCUGGCGUUUUGGCGCGUAUGCAUUGUCCGCCCGUCGGGCAUGGCAUUGACACAACAAAGUUCGCCAAUCGCAAGUGCGAGCUGGACGGCACCUGGGGCCGACGUCCGAACGACACACAGAAUCACACGAACGGCUGGACGGACUAUCAGCCCUGUUUCAAGCCGGAAGUGAAUGAGAUGCUGCAGCGUGUAGAGGAUAUCGAUAUCUUCCUGGAUAUUGCACGUCGUACGCGCACAUUAGAAAUAGUCGGUCUCAUACUCUCGCUGAUCGCUUUGAUAGUGUCGCUCAUUAUAUUUUGUAAUUUCUCCUCGCUACGUAAUAAUCGCACGAAAAUCCAUAAGAAUCUCUUCAUCGCCAUGGUUUGCCAAGUGAUCGUACGACUGACGCUAUAUCUGGAUCAGGCAUUUCGGCGGGGUAGUCAACCGGCGACGGCGAAUACAAGUGCGGCGGGAAUUGAGAAUACGCCCUACCUCUGCGAGGCUUCCUACGUACUACUCGAGUACGCUCGCACCGCCAUGUUCAUGUGGAUGUUCAUCGAGGGUCUGUACCUGCACAAUAUGGUGACGGUAGCCGUAUUUCAGGGACGUUUUCCGCAUACGAUCUUUUCGCUACUCGGUUGGGGUCUACCCGUGCUAAUGACCACCGUCUGGGCGAUAUGUACGGCCAUGUUUACGGAUAGCGCCCAUGACUGCCUGUGGAAUUACAACUUGACGCCGUACUAUUGGAUAUUGGAAGGACCACGUUUGAUAGUCAUACUGCUCAACUUCUUCUUCCUCAUGAACAUAAUACGCGUGCUCGUCAUGAAGCUGCGUCAGAGUCAGGCAAGCGAUAUCGAGCAGACGCGCAAAGCGGUACGUGCGGCCAUCGUGCUCCUACCACUGUUGGGCAUAACAAAUCUAUUGUACCAAGUACCUGCAUUGAACCUGAAGCCACCGUGGAAAUUCGCCAUCUGGUCAUAUGUAACGCAUUUUCUAACCUCAUUUCAAGGAUUUUUCAUUGCCUUGAUAUAUUGUUUCCUAAAUGGUGAGGUGCGCACUGUUUUACUGAAAAGCCUCGCCGUCUACAUGUCCGUACGCGGCCAUCCCGAGUGGGCGCCCAAGCGUGCCUCGAUGUUUUCCGGCGCCUACAACACUGCACCCGACACGGAGGCCCCAGCCGGUGGCACGCCACAAGAUGGCAAAAGAAACGAUCACUCGCCCACCACGCGGCGCUUGAAUGGUCGGCGUUACAGCGCCGCCGCCACCACCGUAAAUCAUUUACCAGCGCGUCGUCUAUCGAGCGGCAGCACUUAUCGCCAACAGCGUCGUAUUAGUAAUCACAACAACAACAACAGUAUCGGCACACACUUGACACGCGGGCACGGCAACAACGGCGGCGGCAGUGGCAGCGGAAGCAGCAGCAGCAGAGGCGGCGGCGGCGCAGGCAGUUGGCUGUUGACGUUGUGCUUUGGCGGCCAAAAGGUACUAAGAGUGCCGCCAGCGUCAUCCGUACCACCCGAGUCAGUUGUAUUUGAGUUGUCAGAGCAGUAGUAGUGUUUACCUUACGCCUUACGCUUUUACGCAAUACGGCCUUAUGCCACCCAGCUUAACCGACCCCUCGCCCUCCCUGUGUACGUCCACCAACACCAAUUAACCGGUCAACACCUACAGCACCUCUUUUCCACUCUAUUUUGUCCCUAGAAAUGUGCAAUUGCAACUAUGAAUAAUUUAGUAGUAGAAAUUGUAUGAAAUAGUAGUAGUUUUUAAGUACCUUUUUUUCUUGUUUUCGUACUUGUAAAAUAUUUGAAUAUAGAAUUUACUAAUAAUUGCAAGCUUUUUUCACCCCCCGCAGUCCCCAAACUUAGUGAAAUACAUUCAAUUGCGCUUUACACCCAGCUAAAGUACCGUUAAGCCGCACUAUAAAUUUGUAAAUAUUUAUUGUAAAAUAUUAUAAGUUUUUGUAAUUUUUACUGUUUGGAAUUUUUUUUUAA